AGUAUUAUCGCUCCCCCGGUGAGUCUCGGGUUCGAGCCCUGCUGCUGUCACUAAAUUAAUCCCUGUUUUAUCAUAACUGAAUCAAAGUGGAAUGAAUGAAGCGUGUCUCAUCUGAAGUUACACCACCUCCCAGUGCAGUUUCACCCUAAAAGAGAUCCAGUCUGUUCUAUGAGUUCCACCGCCACCUGGUGGCUGCAGUUCACACUUCCGCCACUGGGUGGUGAUGAAGAUCUGCUUUUACCUUCCGUCAGAACAGAGGAAGAAGCCGCUCUGCUGCCUCUCAAAGGUGAUUUCCAGCGUCUGGCCCCUCCAGGAUCUCCACCUGUUAAAACCCGUGGUCCUGCAGGGUGGUCCUGCAGGUGUGGGUGGUGCGUUUACAGCUGCUUCUUGGAAAGGACAUCAAAGGAAACCAGAAGACACUCCAAUGGUUUUCCACAGUAAGAAGUGAUGGACCCUGACAUUUCUGUGCUGUUCCACUGUGCACACUGGACGGGGCUACUGGAGGCUCAAGUUCACGUGGAGCUUUCCGAGAGAUUUAACAGGCAGACAGAUCCGGCUUUGGAGCGUCACAUAGAGGAGGUUUGGACCAAGCGGGUUUCCAAGGAGCCGUGGCUUUUCAACGGGGCCAAAUUCAGGCUGCAUUCCUUCUGCUUGGCAUCUCCGAAACCUCUCCCCAGUGUCCUGCAGGGUGAUGGAGACCAGGAUCCUCAGAGACAGGAGAAUAUGUGUGAAACAAACGGGUGUAUGAAUGAAACAGAAGGUGCACAGAAUGGCGAAUCCAACCUGCAGCCGGAGCUGAAGAACUCUACAUCUGAACAAGCUGCUCUCUCUGGGCCGCUCCUCAUUCUGAGACUUGGCCUUACAUGCUACAGAGACUACCUGGGAACAAACUGGUCAAGUCAAGUGGCAGAGCUGCGUCAGCGAGGACGGGCGGAGUUUGACGAUCCUCUAGCACUGCUGGCUCAGCCUCUGGGAGUGGGCGCCGUGCUGUGUACCGACGACGGCCAGGUGGUGUUCAUCAGGAGGAGUCAGAGGGUGGCUGAGGCCGGCGGCCUGCUGGACAUCCCCGGAGGACACCCAGAACCCAAGGUAACGAGGAUGAAGCCACGAACAAGCAUCCCAAUGCGAUCACUGCGAUAUUCACGCCGUGGCUCUCCUCAGGUGGUGAGCGAGCGCCUGGGGCUGGAGCUGAGCGAGGAUCAGAUCAGUGUGGCGACGAUGCAGCCGAGGCCAGAGCUCGUCGUGUCUGAGCUGUUCUCCUCAGUGUGCGCAGAGAUCAGAGACGAGGUGAAUAUUCCUCUCAGCUCGCUCAGAGCGCCCGUCCUCCUCGGCAUCGCUCUGAAUCACACCAGCGCCGGAAGACCGAGCGCCGAGUUUUAUGUCAGCUGCUCACUGACUUCUGAUGAAGUUAGAAGUUUGUACUGGGAAGGAGGUCCAGAGGCUCACGAGUCCACAGACAUCAUUUUCUUCAGCAGGAAGGAGGUGCUGCAGCUGGACAGACGCAGCCCGCUGUGGUCGGAGAUGUGUCCUUCGGCAAAAGGAGCCGUGCUGCUUUAUCAAAGUGUGAAACCCGACGGAAAGCUGGAAGCGUCGCAGAGGGAAUCCACACACUCAUAAUAACCUGAUGGAUUAGAGUCAGUCAUUAACUGAAAUGCCUGAAAAAUGAAUGCUGUAAUGGACAUUUCUCACUAUUUGUAGACUUAAAACAAGAUUGGUUUUAUUAAAAUGUUUUUGAUAAAAUCUAUUAAAAAGCAAUACGUU